AUGAUUCAGGUGAACCGAAUUUUCUUGGAAGACUUUGGAAAGCGCCCUUCCGAGCUGUUUUCCGAGUUUGAAGAGGAACCAAUUGCGGCAGCUAGUUUAGCUCAAGUUCACCGUGCGACAACUAAAUCUGGUGAGAAAGUUGCUGUCAAAGUACAAUAUGAAGACUUACGCGAACGAUUUCACGGAGACAUAAAGACUCUCGAAUUCCUGUUACGUCUGGUGGGUCUGAUUCAUCCAAAUUUUGGCUUCGCUUGGGUGCUUCAGGAUAUGCGGGAAACACUAGCCAAAGAAUUGGAUUUUGAAAAUGAAGCACAAAACGCGUCCCGUUGUCGUAACGAUUUGGCAGCUCUCGGAACACUCCGACCAGACGGAGCGGUACACGUGCCUUGGGUGGACUUGUCUUUGACCAGCAAACGUGUUCUCACAGCCGAAUACAUCGACGGUAUAAAAAUCAACCAGAGUCUGAACAAUUCCAAGGAAAUGGAAUACGAACGUCAACCGAAAGGCGGAGAAAGGAAAAAGACUUUAAAUGACACGGAGAUUGACGAAAUGAUCGCAUGGCUGGAAGAAGAUCCCACAAUCACAUUGGAGCUGUUAAAAAUCUGA